UCCGGGGAGCGGUCGCGUAGGACAUGGCGGCGCUGGUGAGGGUGUCCCGGGCGCUGCUCGGCGCCGCCGGCCCGCUCUCCCCGUCCCGGCGGGGCAUGGCGGCCGCGGCACACGAGGGCGGCGGAGCCAAGCUCUGGAGGAUGUUGACCUUCGUGGUGGCGCUGCCCGGCGUGGCCGUGUGUAUGUUGAACUGCUAUCUGAAGGCGCAGCAUGAGCACGAGAGGCCCGAGUUCGUGCCCUACACCCACCUCCGGAUCAGGACCAAGCCUUUCCCCUGGGGUGAUGGGAACAAGACUCUGUUUCACAACCCCCAUGUUAACGCUCUCCCAACCGGUUAUGAAGAUUAAAGGUCCUGACUAGACAGCCAGAACUUUGGCUCUCCCCAUCUUGAAGCAGCAUGUUGAGUGGAAACCAUCGUUUCUGGGGUCAUAAUUUCACAAACUCUCCAUUUGAGAUGAAGCUGAGAAGUGUUAGUGGCUUCUGUGUGUACUUCUGAUGAGGUCCUUUAAAUAAACAACUCUGAAC